UUAAACACUUGUUGUCAUCUAAGCAUUGUGUAUUGGACACCGUGUAACAAAAGGGAAAACUAUUAAUUAACAAUUGUUCUAAGCUGUUAAUGAGAAGCUGACUGUAUAAAUGAUUUAACAGUUUAAUUGCCUUCUUACUGAAGAGAGACCAUCGGAAAAAUUGUUAGUCAUUUUGUGAAUCUACCAAUCUAAAUCAAAAGUGCGUGAAAGAACUCUGGCUACUUGAAAGAAAGUAAAAACAGAUUCAAAAUGGUUGAGGGUUGUCGAAAAGCCAUCAAGUAUGCCAUGCUUAUGGCCAAUUUACUUAUCUUGAUUGGCGGAAUCGUAGUUUUUUCUAUAGGAGUGUGGACGUUGGCAGACAAAGCAUUCAUGGAAAGCCUGCUAGGCAGCAACCUAUAUGUCAGCUCUGCUGCCAUUCUCAUUGCUACUGGUGUAAUAGUUAUUAUCAUUGCUUUUCUAGGAUGCAUGGGAGCUUUUAAAGAAAUCAAAUGUAUGCUUUUAACGUUCUUCAUAAUCCUUUUUAUGAUAUUUAUCACGAUGCUUGUGGGUGGAAUUCUGGGAUACGUCUUCAGAAAUGAGGUGGAUGAACAUAUGCACAGUGAGAUGUUGAAGACAGUCAAGCAGUACAUGAACGAUACACCAGUAACAGAAGCGUGGGACGCAGUACAGGAAAAGUUUGAGUGCUGCGGGAUGAUACCUGGCGAAGAUACUUCGCACCAGCCAUACAAGAUUUGGAUGGAUAUGAACCACAAUUUCAAGAUGACAGGUCCUCAGGUCCCAUCUAGCUGUUGUAAGUCAAAAGCGUUGCUUUCUCAGUGUCAGAGGAACCCAUCGGAGGAAACCACGUGGAUGAAAGGAUGUUAUGAAGAACUAAAAGAAUUCGUGAAGAGGCAUGCUAUAAUCGUUGGUGGCAUAGGCAUAGGAAUUUCCUGUGUUUUGAUUUUGGGAAUGGUUUUCUCCUGCGCCCUCUUUUUGUUGAUAGGAAGCUAAACGUUUUGUUAUUGCAGUCAAACUACUGCUACGCCAUCUGGGUACUUAGCCACAAACUUUUUAUUUUAUUUUUAUUUUUUGAAUUCAAAGAAACUUUGUGUUAGUCAGCCAGAGAUUUGAUAAAAGUGCCUAUAUUCAGACUAUUUGAAAAACACCAAUUCAAAUGGUAACUAGUAUUUCAGUAAUGAAAAUCUUGUGGCUUGUUUUUUAUGUUAUGUUUUAAAAUAUUUUGUCUGAAAAAAAAGAAGAACCAGCACGACAUUAGGAAUUGUUCCUUCUGGCAAGAAAACAAAUAUUUUCUCCAAAGACUCACCACUGGUAACGCCAGUAACUUACUGUUUUUAUUUCUGAAAAAUGACAUUUUUAUUUCUCGAGAAUGUUCAAAAACCAGCAGGAUUUUAUUCAUUUUAAGUCAACCAUAUCAGGUAACAACCAACAAACGUACACCAAUGAUGAUUAUGAUGUGGGCAUUUCUGUCCUUGUUCUUCUUCCCUUUACCAGUUUGUUAGAAUUCGGCUAGUGACACAAAUUUAACUGCGUGCAGCAGCAUCACAAACACCAGUCCACACAAGCCGUCACUGAGAGGACCAGAAAAGGUGAAAGUUGGAGGAUUCUAGGUCAGGAGGGGGAAUAUUGUCAAUCCGCACUAAUCAAACGCAGUCGCCACACAACGAGUAGAUGGGAUCUGGCAGAGGACAUUUUCCAACAGUAGACAUAUGUUAACUUAUUAAUACUAUCAUUCCUCAGUCAUUACUGUAUCAUAUAUCCAACGUAUGGGAGAGAAAAUCUUUAUACUUUCUGAACAUCCCUCAUACAAUAUGAACUACUUAUUGUAGUAUCAUUUAAACUUUUAAAGCAAGCGAGUUCAGUAGCGCUUAUGAACUGAAUCAAAAUGAUUCAUGAAAAAUCUGUUUAAUGUCAUGACAGAAGUAGUAGUGUUUUUCCAAGGGUAUGAAAUAUGAAUGACUUUUGAUAACAAAACCAAAAAGUAUGAUCCCUACUUAAUAUUCCAAGACAACUAUAUUUGAAAAUUAACAUUGGUAUUAAACUAAAAUUAAGAUCUUCCCUGAAGAAAAAAAAAUAUUGUUAUCCUUAUGAUAUUUAUCCUGUAUAUAUGGAGCUCCUAAGUAAUAUACUGCAUGACAGUGGAUUUCGGUGUUCGUAGUGAAAAUAUUACAGAAUAAAUACCAGUUCAAAUAAAUCAAAAUUACUUGUGUAACUACACAGAAAAUGUUUAAAUCUAGUGUUUGAAAAAUACAUCUAAAUUUGGAACUUACUAUUUAUUUAUAUGGCAUCAUUUAUAAUAAUUAUAACGAUAGUAUGGGGUUUUGAAUCUGAAGUCAUUUUCUUAAUAUCUGGAAACAAAUGUUGUUAUACUGGUAGUUUUACGUACUAAAAAAGUAGGAUUAUACAACCAAACUUAUAGCCUAGUUCUGUCGUUUGGUUGAUCUUAAAUGUGGAGCACAGCAAAUACGCUGCUCAUAUCAUACGACAUGGUUAAAAUAGUAUCAUUCAUUAGAUACGUGUAAAAAACGUAACAUUACAUUCUUGCCAUUGUAUGUUUAGAAAUAAAGAUAAACACUUACAUUCCUGAAAUGACGUAGAUCAUUAUACUAUCAAAAACUGUAUGUUUAAAAUAUUGAAGAUGCAGUGAACUUUAUUUGAUUUGUUACCAUAAAAAAUGUCCCUUUUUUCACCACGUGAUUUCUUUGAAAAAACAACAACUCGAAAUUCAAACUGUUCCAUUUCAUAUUUUGAUGUUUAAAACAAUUGACAAAAAUCAUUAUAUUGUUUUAUUUCAUGAUUGUCUUGUCAAUCUUUGUUCAUUUAGUAAAGUGUUUCGCAUUGGCUUUUUUUUUUAAAUCGCACUUGAUAGACUUUUAAAUGUUGUAAUGGUUUGUUGACCAAGUUUGUCUGUAUGAACAUUUUUAGAUGCUAUAGAAUAGUUGGCAUGAAGAUUAUUAGAUGUCUAGCUGGCUUGUGCACUUUUUGCAUCCUAGCCUCAAAGUACUUAAGCCUUAAGGCCAUGCAGGCAUGCGCACUGCAUGUAGAACUUUGCAUUCUGCAUGCUAUGAUGUAAAUUCUGUAUCAUGUAGUCUAGAUGUAUUUAUUAAUUGAAUAAAUGGUUGUACACAAAGAA